AUGCCCAGCCAACCUUCGCCGAAGAAACAGAAGACGCGGUGCAGCCCGAGACUGACGGCGAGGGCUGCUGCGGCUGCUAAUGGGUUCCCUGAAGUCACUCCGGAAGAUGCCACUGAGACCCUCACAACCGUCAAGAAGAGCUUGACGCAGUUCGAUGGCCGAAUUGCUGCAGCGCUCUCAGAACCGGUCGCUGCAGCAGCAGCAGACGCACGCGUUAGCUCGGAGAUGGGUGUGGUGGAGGAGAUAUACUGCGAGAACUUCAUGUGCCACCGCAAGCUGCGCGUGGCUCUUAGUCCUCAUAUCAACUUCAUCACUGGCGAGAACGGAAGUGGCAAGAGUGCUAUCAUUGCCGCCCUUCAAGUCUGUCUGGGCUACAGUGCGCGCAGCACGCACCGAGGCAAGAGCUUGAAGACGUUGAUCCGUCACGGCUUCGACGGCAACGCGCUGGUCCGCAUCACGCUCCGCAACGAUGACAUUGGCAGCGACGCCUUCCGCCCGGACCAGUUCGGCCGCAGGAUAAUGCUCAAGACGGACCUGGACGCCAUGCUGGAUCACUUGAACAUUCAGACGCAGGAGGCGCAGAGUAUUGGAAAGCUGGAGAGUUAUUUCGUUGUAUUGAAAGCCGAGCUGGAGUGGGCGUUCGUGAGCGAGAAGGAGCAGCAAGUAGCGAAAGCGGAGACGAAGAUCGCACAGAAGACGACGGACGCAGAGCAAGCCGCUGCAAGAAAUGCAGCGGCACGAGUGGAGGUCGAUAACCUGGAGAAGAGGCAGAGCGAGCUCAACUCGAAGCUCGAAGCGACCAGCAAGAAGAUGGAGCAGUGCAACAAGAGCAAGAUGGAGUUGAAGAACAAGAUCCGCGAGCUUCGACGCCCGCUGCACCAACAUUACCGAAACCUGCACGAUCAACUGGAGCACAAGCGGCAAGAAGCUGCCCAAACGCAGCAGAGUAUUCGUGACGCAGAGCUGCGCGUCCAACAUGCACCAGGGGAUGCCGACGACCUGGACGAGCGACUUUCUGCCUGCGCACGCCUCGUCCGCGAGUCUGAAGACGCCGUUCGAUGUGUGCAACGCCGCCUCAGCUCUCUCCGGGGUCGGAAGAGCAACAGCUUGGCAGCGUUUGGUAGCCAUAUUGCGCACUUGCAGCAACUGAUUAAUACGAACCUGCAUCGAUUCACAGCUCCGCCUAUCGGGCCUCUGGGGAGAUUUGUGACGCUCCCGAAGGAGUUCAUGCGCUUCGCCGCUGCGGUCGAGACAGCCUUGAAAGGGUCCCUGGGUCGAUACUUGGUGGUCAAUGGCCAAGAUAUGAAGCUGCUGGAUGACUUGAAGCGCCAGGCCCGCUGUCUCCCGCGUGAGGCGGAGAUCACCAUCACAGAGCGCAGUGGCUUCCGAUAUGAGAGCCUGAACAUGCCAGCAGGAGGCCUCGCCGCUCACGCGAUUUGCAACAUUCUCAGAGUGGAGAACGACAAUGUGUUCAAUACUUUGAUUGAUGAGUGUAGUAUCGAGAGUAAGUUGGUGUUUGACGACCGCGAGGUGGCUGAGCAAAGGGUGCUGCAAGGCCCCAGUGGGAGCUUCAAAAUGGCGAGGUUCGUGUCGGAAGUGUGCCUUGUGAGCGGGGACAAGUUCAUUGUUCGCCAAGGGAACUUGGCGUAUAUUGCGAACAAGCUGCAUGGACGCCGGCCCAGUAUCUGUGAGGACGUGGACGGCGAGAUCAGAGGACAGGAACAGCACCUGAACGUUCUACUACGGGAGCUGCAGGGCUUGCGCCACCAGGAGAAUGCUUUACACCGGUUUGCCACACAGGAGAAGGCCCGCAUUGACAAAUUGUCGCUACGAUACCUUAAGCAGAAUACGGAGCUGCAGAGGCUCGAGGACGAGUUGUCGGACCAGCAGCAAGAGCACACGCUGGAUACGACGGUGCUGGAUCGCGAGAUCAGCGACGUUCAGAACGAGUUGCAGGGCUUAGACGCCCGUGAGACCGAGCUGGAGAAGGCCAUCUCUGCGUCGACUGACGCCUUGCAAGCUCCGCUGAACGAACUCGAAGUGCUGAACGCAGAGGAACGCAAGAUCGCGGUCGAAUUGAACGAUCCGCAGCGCGACGCGAACGAGAUCUACAAGCAACUUGGCGCGGUGAAGUCCAACGAGAUCAUGAGUCAGCGCCAGGUGGAGUCGCAAGCCUCGGUGACGCAGUUGAACCAACAGCUGCACUCCCUCCAGGAGGACCGUGAUCGACAAGAGAAGAAGGCACUCCAGGUGUGUACCCGACCGGCGAGUAUCCUCCCUCGAUACGCUUAUGAGAAGCGGUUGAAACAGGUCGAGAACCAACUUGCUACAGCUCACAACCGUCUGAAUGGUCUGAGUUUGAGUGAGCUGAAGGACGACAUGGAGAUCAAGGAGAUCAAGUACAAGAGCAAGAAGGCCAACAAGUUCUAUCAGCACCUGAUGCAGAUUCGGAACAUGCUAAAGGAGCGCAAGGCGACGUGGAAUCCCUUCCGCACGGCCAUCGCCCACCGCACAUCCAACGAGUUCAGCGAGUACAUGAACCUCAACAACUUCGUGGCCAAGCUUAAGUUCCGCCACGACCACCAGCGCGUCGAGAUCGCUGUGCUUCAGAACGAAAAGGGCGCCACGAGCGCCUCACAGAUGACGGACAUGAAGGAACUGUCCGGCGGAGAGCGCUCGUUCACGCAGGUGGCGUUGCUGCUCGCUCUGGGCAAGAGCACCGAGUGUCCGUUCCGCAUUAUGGACGAGUUCGACGUCUUCAUGGACUCGGUGAACCGCGAUAUGACCCUCCAGUUGCUAGUCGAUGCGGCCAAGAUGGAGGACAAGAAGCAGUUCAUCUUCGUGACGCCGAACAACAUCAGGUGCGUUAUCGGGUGUUGUAUUGUGGCUAUGUGA